GAGUAAAUGCACCUUGCUGUUCUUCUCUGACUCUCUCCUCCAUCCCAGCUCCGCUCCCUCCUUUUCUUUGCUUCUCUUGGGUCCGCGGCCACCGAGCGCACCCUCUCCCUUGCGUAGAUGUAUAUAAGGGACGGAACCUAUGUCUUGACCCUUGUCCAAUUGCCUUCUCCAAGGAGGAGGAAAUAGGACGAAGAACAGAAGAAAAAGAAAGAAAAAUAACUCCCAUAUAUAUCUCUCUCUUGAGUCGCUUCUAGACAUUGAGAAAAGGGAAGGAGGGUGCCAUGGGGAGACCUCCUUGUUGCGAUAAGGUUGGUGUGAAGAAGGGCCCUUGGACUCCAGAAGAGGAUCUCAUCCUAGUCUCCUACAUCCAAGAGCAUGGUCCGGGGAACUGGAGGGCUGUGCCUACUAAUACUGGGCUGAUGAGAUGCAACAAGAGCUGUAGGCUGAGAUGGACUAAUUACCUGAGGCCAGGGAUCAAGCGAGGCAACUUCACAGAAGAAGAGGAGAAGCUCAUUAUCCAUCUCCAAGCUCUUCUUGGCAAUAGAUGGGCAGCCAUAGCUUCUUAUCUCCCAGAGAGAACUGAUAAUGACAUCAAGAACUAUUGGAACACCCAUAUGAAGAAGAAGAUAAAGAAGCUCCAAGCUGGCGAUGGUAGCUCAAUGAGUGGUGGGCUUCCAAGUGAUCAAUCUGUUUCCAAAGGCCGGUGGGAGAGGAGGCUCCAAACUGACAUCCAUAUGGCAAAGCAAGCUUUAAGGGAGGCACUGUCUUUGGACAAGCCUAAUUGCCAAACUGAAUUGAAGUCCUUUACAAAACCAUGCCAACCGGCAACAUCAUCAUCGACGACGAAGUAUGCAUCAAGCACUGAGAACAUAUCCCGAUGGCUUCAAGGGUGGAUGAAGAAUCCACCCAAGCCUGGAGCUGCUCCAUCCAAUUCUGAAUAUGAGCAACAUUCGAUCAACAAUAUGGUUGGGACUGACUCAUCCUCCAGUGAGGCAUCGGCCAGUGCAGCCAACAAUGAUGGCAGUGCAUCGCCGAUUGUUUUUGAAUCAUUGCUCAAUGUUGACUCGUCGACACCAGAGAUGUCUGAAACAAGCCUCUUCCAAGGUGAGAGCAAGCCAAUCUCAGAAGCACAAGUCCAACUCUCCUUGCUUGAGACCUGGCUCAUGGAUUAUUUGGUCCAGUGAAGGUAGUACUAAUCGACAUGCCAUUAAUUAGGUGAUACUACUGAGCUGGUCUAAACUUAGUGCUGUUGGACUGGGUUUUUGGUUCUUUUGUUGUGUAGGCGCUGGGCUGAUUCUGAUUAGAAACAACCUUCGAUGCCAAUGAAAAAGUGUAAAUUCUAAGUAUCCACAUAGACAUGCAGUGUUAUAUAAGUUAGUCCGCUGGAGUUUGAUAAUAAAUUUUAUCUGUAAGAUCUUUAGUGAAAUCUUUGAAUCUCUGUCUUUUGUAAGGGGCUUGGUAUCUCGGGUGAUGUCAGAUAUGUUAUAGGACUUUUUUAGUCUGGUUCGCCUCUGAAUUGUAAUCAAGUGAUGUGGAAAGGAAGGAUCGUUAUGUCCAGAAAAAAUGUGGUUAA